CGCCGCACGGCCCAGCGUCACUCACAUCGUUUCGGUCUCCCCGAUCGUGUGUCCGAUCCUCUCCUACCCGCGACGUACGAUCUCUCCGAAAUCUACCGGUACUAAAUCGAGCGUGCCGCGUCUCACGCGACAUUUAUCAAAAACAUAUCCCUUUAUUUCGUGAAAUACCUUCCACGGUCCGAUCACCAGAUCUCCGAACUACGGUCAGUAAAGUUUCAUUUAGUAAUUACCUAAGUUUUUGUUUUGGACUUUUCAUAGUGAAAUUGAAGGACCGUUAGAUUCAAGACUUUACACGUGGUUAGUCGGCUCUUCGUAUAAUUCUGUAGGUCGGUGCAAAAAAGGAUUGUUUGGAUUGUGGUAAAGGAAAAGCGUCCGUAUAGAAAAGCGGCCGGCCCCGCGCCGCCCGGUCUCAUUUGCAUCUGUCAAGCACUAGAUUGGACAACGGGAUUUAAUGUACUGUGUUUGAGACUCACCUCAUCCCGAAUUCAAUACAGUCCAACGAAUCUAAUUAGAUUUUAUUUCACACAAACACAACACUGGAAAAGGAACCUGAAUAACAUCUUACCCUGCCUGCAGUGCGUGCCACGAGCCCCAGAGUCCCAGCCAUUAGAUUGAGUGGAGUGUCCCCUGUGCCCACACGUAGCCCUGUACGCAGCCAAAAUUCCACGAGACACCACGGACACCUCCUCCAGCAUGGAACUGGAGAAAGCCCCCACUCUUCACGAGGAAGACUCCAAAGUUACCCUCACUAUCAGACUGAUCAUGCAGGGGAAGGAAGUUGGCAGUAUUAUUGGCAAAAAAGGAGAGAUUGUUAAAAGGUUCAGAGAAGAGUCUGGAGCAAAAAUCAACAUAUCCGAUGGAUCGUGCCCAGAGCGUAUUGUCACCGUCACGGGCAACACAAGUGCUAUAUUCAAAGCGUUCACACUCAUAUGCAAAAAGUUCGAAGAGUGGUGCUCUCAGUUCAACGAGGGCGGCGGCGGCGGGUCCCGCGCGCCCAUCACGCUGCGGCUCAUCGUGCCCGCCUCGCAGUGCGGCUCGCUCAUCGGCAAGGGCGGCUCCAAGAUCAAGGAGAUCCGCGACGUCACCGGUGCUAACAUACAGGUUGCAAGUGAAAUGCUACCAAACUCAACAGAGCGAGCGGUGACAAUCAGCGGGACCUGCGACGCUAUCACACAAUGCAUUUAUCACAUCUGCUGUGUUAUGCUAGAGAGCCCACCAAAAGGCGCCACAAUUCCAUACAGACCAAAGCCAAAUGUUGCCGGACCAGUCAUAUUAGCCGGAGGACAAGCAUACACAAUCCAGGGCAACUAUGCUGUACCUGCACAAGAUGCGGUGUGCGCGCCGGUGUUCCCGCUGCUGGAGGUGAAGCCGCCGCUCGUGGGCGCGCUGCCGCCGCACCACCUGCUGCCGCCGCCGCUGCACGACCACCACCUCAUGGGAGGUUUGGCUAAGUCACCGCUAGCGGGCCUAGCCGCGCUAGGUUUGGGCGGCCUAGGCCCCGCCAACGCUGCCGGAUUAAAUCCUGCAGGUAAACAGAGCCUAACACUGGCAGCCCUAGCAGGCUCACAACUGCGCACAUCGAAUCAGUCACGGAACCAGCCCGCCACCAACCAGCAGUCGCAUGAAAUGACCGUACCCAAUGAACUUAUAGGAUGCAUUAUUGGCAAGGGUGGCACCAAAAUCGCUGAAAUCCGACAAAUCUCCGGCGCCAUGAUCCGAAUAUCGAACUGCGAGGAGCGCGAGGGUGGCAGCACUGACCGAACCAUCACCAUCUCCGGCAACCCUGACUCCGUUGCCCUGGCCCAGUACCUCAUAAACAUGAGGAUCACGAUGGAGACGGCGGGGCUGCCGCUGCCGGGCUACCACUACAUCGCCCCGAACCACAUCGUGAAGGCACCGAUCCAUUGAAUGGGGCUCCGCGGCCAGAAUUCCGGCGUUGCGUACAAACUGUACAACACUGAACGCACCAUUCUGAUGCAGCCGCAAUACGGGACUCUGGCUCCGAUAUAUUUCUUCAAAUGAACGUGACCAAAACAAUCUCUCUAAAACGAGGUGACGCUAUUGGCAAGACAUUAGAUCCACGCUGAAUGUAUGUUUACAUUUGUUACGAGUUUAUAAGUAUUUUAGAUAUUCUUAUAUUUAUUCUCCACUGUAUUUGAUUGAUUGGAGCAGAACAUGUCAGCGAUUUAUAUAUCAGUAAGACCUGGGGAAGGGGUUUGAAAAAUAAUAAUUAUUAUAAAAAAACAUACGACUGACAUUUUAAAAUUUUUGCUAAUCCGUGAACAGUGAACACUUUAACUUCACAAAACACUUAUUUUAAAUAGUUAAAUAUUUAUAAUGAUUUGUCUCGUUCACUGAUCACGGCUUAUGAAUUUAUAACAAAGUGUGCAACAGGAGUUAGCUAAGCUGAUCGAAUUUACUAUGGAUUUAAGCGGUUGAGUAUAUCAAUUGUCUAUUGGAUUUAUUUUCCAUUAUGAUCAGUACCGACCACAAGUAAUAAUGUUCAAAGUAAGUUUAAUCGAGUGUCGGCGUACAUUAGAUAGGCGUAGAUGCGUUACAAUCGACCUCGGACCCGCUGACGUAGCGUAGUGUUAGAUUAGCGAACAGAGUGAGAGGGUUUAAAGACAAUAUUUGUAAAUAAAAUAAUCGUAAUUACCUGGAAAUUAGGUGUUACAGUAAUAGUUGCGGCGCAGGAGCGGCGCGGCUGCACGAAACCGAUGGGAUCAAAUCCUUUAAGAAACUUACUUUAAACGAAGACAGAGGAGAAGAUAACAUUUCAGUAUAUCAUUUAAAAUCGUCUAAGAUCACAAAAAAAGACGUUAGGUAUAAAAAUAGUGUUGCUAAAUGUGAUAGUCUUCUAAUUUAUUUUACAUUUGAACUAUUAAGAUCUCUAACGUAUACACAAUGUGUAGGAUACAUCGGCUACUGGAAAUUUUAAGUCGAAUAAUUAAUAUUGGUCUAGGGAUCAAAGCCAAAGAUUGUUAAAGUUUGUUUAACAUUAAUAAUGUUGUGGAUUUAUGCUAAAUUAUUCUGAGAGUAGUUAAUGUUUAGUAAUGUAAUGUAGAACGGUUUAUUUGAAUUAUUUUAUCACCCUCUCCAGACUGCUCAUUGUAUUUAGUCUUAGAUCAAAUAUAGUCCUGUGGUAAUCAAAUAUUUCCAAAAAAAAGUAAAAAAAAACACUUAGGUAUAAUGUAGGGUAAGAUAACUAUAGGACCACUGGUAUUAAAGAAAGCUUUUCGGUGAAAUUACAUUAUAUUUGCUUAAAAGUUGAACAGUGCCAAGUCGCCACGAAUAUCGAGUGCCAAAUAUUGAAUUUCAACUUUUGUAAUAAGGCGUGUAAAGUGCGCAUGUCUUAAACAUAUGGUAACAUAACAAUACAAGUAUCAAGUUAUAGGGAGUUCGUAAGCGAGCUGUAUUAUCCACUUCUUAUUAAUUUUGCACCCUAGUUGUAAGACUAUGCGAUUAGAGUUAAUAUUCUCGAAACAUAUCCCAAUAACAUAUUUCCCAAGUCUUCCCCUUGCAGUAUUUCAGUAAUGAAUGAUUGUGCCAAAGUUGUGUCUAAAUUUAUUGUUUAAUGUGACGUCGAUAGUAUUGAAAAUUAGUUUUAUUUCGUUGAAAUCGUCGGUCGAUAUGCUAGUCAAAUUGUUCUGAAAGUAGAAAAAAUUAAGAAAUUCUAUAUGCUAGUCAAAAUUUUGUUUUUCUAUCGAUGUAUUUGCGUUAUGUGAAAUUAUUGAAAGUUUAUUUUAUUUUUGUUUACACCUCUCUCAAAGUUUUAACUAUUUUUGUGUGCUUAAAUUAACGUAGCAAUAAAAUUUUGAUAAAAUCAAUUAUUUAUAGUCUAUUAAAUUGCAAUUAAGACAAUGUAUAGAGCUUCGUAAAGUAAGUACACACAGGUUAAAUAGAAUUAAUCUAUAGAUAUAAAUUUGUGAAAAGAUAAUUUUGAAAAAAAACAUAGUAAUUUACUAAAGAGAAGAGAUUUCAUAGCUGUGAUUAACGUUGGGGUUGCACUUUUGUGCUCGAGCUACGUCAGGAAGUGGAUCGCGCGGACAGUGAUGACGCAGGCAGUAGACUUAGUGCACGCUUGUAGCAGCACUCGCCGUCACACCUUUUGUAUCUAACAUUACAAAGGUAAUUGUAACGCAAAUACUUUCUGAUAAAGAAGUAUCAAUACAUCGGUGUUGUCAAUGAUAUUAAUAAAUUUUAGGACAAUGCAAUUUUAAAUUAUUAGUGAAUAAAUAAUAAUUAGUGAUAAUUUUUCAUUAUAUCCUCGUAUUAUUACGUUCAGUUGUAAUUUAUAGUAAUCACAGCAAUCGAUAUAAUCUUUAUUAUACUCAUUAUAUAAUUAUAGCAAUUAUUAUGAUUCGUAUUGUUAUUGUUAUUUUGAUUUGCUCAAUUUUGUCAAUGUUGAUGUAAGCUAGGCUGCGAAAUGACGUUUAGUUUGUUUUCUGUUGUUCGAUAAGCAAUAUUAUAAUUUAGUGUGCUAUGCACAUCGUACUCGUGUACGAAUUAAGUAAACCUUAUAUUACAUAAAUAUUACUUAAUUUUAGUCGCACCAAAAUAUGCUAUAGGCAAGAUACGUAACUCGUUAUGUUACUAAUGUAUAAAUAAUCACUUACUACUUAAUUACACUUAAUUUUGUUACUCUUCGAUCAAUCUAUGUUUUCUUUUUAUUCUGUCUAUUGCGUAUCGUGCUCUAUAACAUAUUUGAUAAUUAAUUUUAACAUGCGGUUAUAUUGUCGAUGGUUUUAUUGGAUUGGAGUUUUCGAAUACAGGAAUGUUAAUUUAGGUAAUGUUGAGAAUAGUAUUACAGUGCCAUCAGAAGUGUUAGAGGUUGAGUAAGCAGAGCUAGGGAACUCAAGCUAACUGUGCCGAGUACUCAUGACGCAAAUGUUCUACACAGUGCAAGAUUGCGUUCAAUGACAAUUAAAAUAAUAAUUAUUUACUGUAUAAUCAGAUAUCAGUUUUAUCCUCGUUAUUUGUAUGUUUCAAAUGUUCUUAAUAUAUUUAAGACACUAAACUAAAAGUUAGUGCCUUUUGUUCUUAGAUUUUCUUGAAAUUAUUUUAAUCUGUAAGUUGUACGAUUGUGGACUUCAUUUGGAUCGUGUUAUGAAUUAUAUAGCCUUUAUUGACAGGGUCAGACAGCGCUGUAUAAUAGUGUAAUUACAUUCAAUCUUAGCAAAUAUUUAUUAAUGUAAUAGUGAAUUUCUUUACAAUUUUCGUGUUAGCACAUGUAUUUGAAGUUCUUAUUGCACCGUUUUUGAGAAUCCCUUGGAUUUUACGGUUAAUAAUAUUAAAAUUUGACAUAACUACAUUCUAUAAUUAAAUAUUUUGGAUAAAUUCUUACCAUAAAACCACAUCGUUCUCAAGUUUCUUGGUGACAUAUUAUUGCAAUUAUGACAAACAUAAUACAUACACAAUAUUUUGCUAUGAUAUGAUAAACAUAUAAUCCAUAUUAUACAGGUUCGACACGAUUGGGUAAAAUGGUUGUGUAAAUUAUUAUGCAUAUUUACGAUAUCCAACAAUAAUUAUAUUCGCUUGAUCCCGUUAAGUACACUACGAUUUUAUUAGACAAAAUAUUCAUCUUUUAAUACUACACUUUCGUAGUGAACAGGGUAACAUGAUACAGAGGAUUUCAUCAUAUCUUCACCUACACAGCUUUAUAGUUCAAUUGAAUGUAUUCCGACUAUCUAAGAAGGUAUUUUUAUCCAAGAAUUAAAUCUUCUAUAAAUAAUGAAGUAUGCGCUCUGCUGGUACUAAAGGUACGGCGAACCGUGCUGUAUGAAAUUGAUGAUAUUCAAUAAUAUUGGUAAGGCGUAUUCUACAAAGUAUACGAACAUACUAGUUGUGUGUAUACAAAUUAAAAUGUAGAUCCGCCAUCUUAAUUUCUGUCAUAUUGUGUAUGUGCGUAGGCUAUUAAUUUCACAGUUUCGAAACCUGUUUAGUAUUAAAGUUAAUAGUAAUUAUUGACUGAGUAUAGUUAAGAAUUGUAAUAUCAAAAAACAACAAAAAUAUCUGAUGUUUUUGUUUCACUGCUGUUACAGUAAGCAUUUAAUUUUUGUAUUCAUUAUAAUUAGUAAACAUUAAAAAGUCUUGUUCUACAAAUGUUAUUUGGAUAUAAAUGCGUAGACUUUAUUGGUUUUCAUCAAUGGCAUAAAUAUACUGACAUUUAAGUUUUUGAAGAUGAGUGAAAAUGUGUGUAGGUAUUGUGAUCUCUAAUGCGGCUAAUUGUCUAGUCAAACUAAUGUAAUGUUAUUGAGUCUGCUGCGGCAGCUAUCCUUCAAUGUUGAUAUAUUUAUGGCGCUGACUGCCACUAACAUCAUAAUUAUGCCAUGCAAUAAUACCCGGUACCUAAUUAAAAGUUAGAUGUAACUAGAAACAAUUUAUGUACAUUGGAAACAAGUGUCGGGCGACAUUGCGGUAUCUUCUAGUGAAGUGCGCUUAAAAAAAAUUAUAAAUCAAUUCUAUUGAUUGGAUUUCUCAGGUCUUCAAUAACAUGAUACGAGCAGGCAGCGGGCCGCUGGACACGAGACGUAGGUCCCCGGCUGUAGUCGAGGACAGUUGACGAGUUGUUGAGAGUGAGAGCUUAUCUUAGUAAUAAAUUGGUUGUGCGGAUAAUUCACGUAGCGUUCGUUUGCCCGAAUGUCGCCGAGAAUAUAUAGGAAUGUGCAUUGUAUAAUAAUAAAGGAUAACUUGCACAUAUUUUUAUCAAAUCUGAUAAAUAGUUUAUUCUUUACUGCUUCUAAAUGUACUGCAGAUGCAAGAUGUCGUGUAAUCUAUAUUAUGUUCUCACACACUUUAGAUGUUCACAUGUCAUAUCUUUCGAAUAUCACUGUAAUUAUCUACAUAUCUAAUCGUUUUGUGUAUUGAAUUGAUUAAAUGUUAUGAAUAUAAAUGUUGUACUCACGGUUACAGUAUACUGUCAUGAGGUUCAUUUCAAUAUGAUAUUAAUGUUUGUUUUCAUUAUGUUAAUUCAAUAAAGUGUGUAAAUAAAAGUAA